AAUGCUUGCAACAUUUUGUUCUGGACUGAAUACGGAAAAAAUAGAAAAAUAUUGGUGGCAGUGGCGAGGUGAACGUUUAUAGCUUGUGAAUGUAACUUAUUCAGCCUCACAGUAGCAAAACACAGUUAAAUAUGUAACUCAUUUUUAAUUGUAAAGCUGUCACUGUUGAUAACAUGUCGAAGAAUAUAGUUUUUGAAGGGUGGUUAACAAAAUCUCCCCCGAACAGGCGUAUUUGGCGAACGGUGAGCUCAACUUUAGCUUGGCAUUUUACCUUUGUUGACAGAUGUGUUUUUCUGCUUAUUCAGCGUUGGCGAAGGAGAUGGUUUGCACUGCGCCAGUCGGGUGAACUGCCUGGGCAAUAUUUCCUAGAUUACUAUGCCGAUAGAAACUGUCGCCGGCUCAAGGGCACCAUCGACCUGGACCAAUGUGAGCAGGUGGAUGCUGGUCUGCAUAUGGAACGUCAGGGCCAGGCCCCCUGCAAUACAAACAUGCGUGGAUCCGUGUUCACGAUUCAGACACAACGACGAACCUACCACUUGGAGGCUGAGUGCGAGCAGGAGAUGGAGAAGUGGGUCGAUGCAAUCUGCCGCGUCUGCGGUCUGCGCGCCACGGAAAGUUCAACCCGCACCCCUGCUAGAACCAGAGUCCAAGAACCCUAUGAAAAUAAUACCACCGCUACCACCGCCUUCAAUGAUCACUACGAGUGCGCCGAUGGUACCGGCCCGUACAUUCCGAUAUCGGAGUGCAUCACUGGGGUUCGCGCUCAGGACGAACAGAGAGCUUUCACCUUUGAUACGAAGAAUAUAGUGGUGAGCACUCGUCCCGAAGGGCAGCAGUACACCAGUCAGCCACACAUUCGGAUCAACUCGGAGCUUUCGGAGAACGACUCCAACAUGAGUGACGAGGACGAUGGCUCCCUGCACGCUAGUCACCAGAACUUAACAGAGUGGGCUGUAACCAAAUCCUUUACCAAGCUCGCUGUGUCACCCAAAAAGAAUGGUUCCGAAGACGGACCACCUGUCCCACCGAGACCGCCUAAAACGUUUGCCACUAGACCUAGGGAAGUCGUUCCAAAGGAAAUCUUCCAAGGCCCAAAGAUACAAGAGCCUGUCGAGUUCCCAGACAAUGCCCAACAAGGUCAGAUUCGGCGAACGCAGCGCCGCAUGUCCCAGGGAGCGCCCGCCUCCCCGCGCCCGCUUGUCAUACCCGUUAUACGAUGCCCUGAAGAGGAGGAGGAAUUCUCACCUGGUCAUGCGUCGCUGCAGUAUUGCAACCUGCCAUCCUUACCGCCGGCGGUAGACCGAGCUCUGAAGCCACGCCAUUCAAGCCACAGCAUCGGCCAUAUUAAUUCUAUUAUGGCACAGUACACGGAAAGACUACCCAAAGAAAGAUCACCCACAGACAGAUCACCCGAACACCAUUGCAAACACUGCACUUGCAAAAGUCGCAGAGUGCCGCUUGAGUUGUCCACACUAUCUGUCAUUAUUGAGAACGAGGCACCUCAACUGCCACCUAAGAACGAACAGUUGGUGCCCCCGGAAGUUCCAUCUCGGUCGCUCAAACCGCGGCGGGGCGGACUCAAACUAGCCGAUGAGAUGAAGCCAGAUGUUCUUCAAUAUCUUGAUUUGGACCUUCACACGUCGAAGCCACCACAGGGACAGCAGGCACGCAAGCCGGUUGAGAUCGCUCAUGGUAAGUCGAUGUCUUCAGUAGACACAAAUGCGUACAAAACAGUUGAUUUCCUGAAGACGGAGGCUUUCAACAUCACCCGCCAGGAUGCUGAGGCUUCGAGAAAUUGCCAACACUAGCAAAUAGCCCAAGCGAGGAGCGACCGGUCGAGGUCCGCCAGCUCCUUGUUUCGCCGCUAAACACGACACGUGUUACCAACGGGCCUCAAAAAUUCCAAAAACAGAAUUAUUUUCUUUCUCUAUCCUAUUUUCCAGUGACGUGGCAUUUAAAUUUUAGAAAGACUAUGAAAGCUUUAAAAGUGUUUACGGGAGCUUUAAAAGUAUUGAAUGUUAGGGUUUGGAUGUUGCUACGUUUUUAAUUUGUGCUUUCACAGUUAUUGUAGAUGGAUA